CUUAUGUUUCAACCAUCUCAAUACAAUUGAGGAAAUUCUGAGAAGUGGAACGUGAGAAUUUGUAUGUGAUUUUUCAUUGACGAGACUCUACUGCCCUUUAAUAAAUAUCUAUGGAUACUGCGGAAUUCAAUAUUAUUAUGCAUCAUCCAAGGAUCAUCAUUCAUUUAGAUGUUGAUUGUUUCUAUGCACAAGUUGAAAUGGUUAGUCGUCCAGAAUUGGAGGGAAAACCAUUGGGUGUGCAGCAAAAGAAUAUAGUGGUCACUAGCAAUUAUUUGGCAAGAGAAUAUGGAAUAAAAAAAUGUAUGUCGGUGCAAGAAGCUUUGCGUUUAUGUCCAGAAUUAGUCUUAGUAAAUGGAGAAGAUUUAACAAAUUAUCGUCGUUACUCGACCAAGAUAUCUGAAAUUCUGCAACAAUUUACACCAUUGGUGGAAAGGUUAGGCUUUGAUGAUAAUUUCCUUGAUGUGACAUCAAUAGUAGAGAAACAAUUCAAAUCUCGAAGCGACUCAGAACUUGACAUGAACAGUUUUAGUACAGAAUUUGAAGAUUUGAAAGAAAUUAACAAGAUAUUUGGUCCAUCAGAAGAGGAAUGUCCGUGUGGUUGUCACACACGUUUGAUGAUUGGCUCUAAAAUAGCAGCCGAAAUAAGAAGUCGUAUUUAUAACGAACUGCAUCUUACUUGCACUGCUGGAAUAGCACACAAUAAACUUCUGGCCAAGUUAGCAGGAUCGUUAAACAAGCCAAAUCAACAAACAUUGAUUUUUCCAUGCAGCAGUUCGCUAUUACUCUCUACAAUAGGUUCUGUGACCAAGAUACCUGGUGUUGGACAAAAGACUACAGAAUUAUUAUUAUCGAACAACAUAAGGACAGUUGACGAUCUGCGUAGAAUACCUCUAGAAAACUUGGAAUUAAAAAUUGGAGUUGAUUUAGCAAGAAGAUUGAAGGACAACAUUGAGGGAAUUGAUGAAACAGCAGUAAAACCAUCUGGAAAGAAACAAUCUAUAGGUUUGGAAGAUGGAUUUAAAAGUGUAUCGCUGGUAGCUGAGGUAGAGUCGCGAUUAGGUGCGCUAUUGAGAAGAUUAACAGAGUUAGCAAUGGAAGAUGGUAGAAUUCCCACUGCUAUGAGAAUAACAGUAAGGAAACAUAACUUGAAUAAACCUACUUCUGGUAAAAGGGAAACUAGGCAAUGUACAUUGCCAAAGCUUCUCUUACCGUCCUCAAAAAAUGGCAUGUAUGAUCAUAGUAAAAUGCUGACGCUUGCCAUGAAACUAUUUCUUCGAUUAGUCGACGUUUCUAAGCCAUUCCACUUGACACUUCUGGGAGUUGCAUUUACCAAAUUUGAAGAGAGAGCAUAUGGCAGGAGUAGUAUUGCACCCUUCUUGUGCAAACAAGUUGCUGUUCAUUCUGUUCUAGACAUCAGUUCUGAAGAGGGCAUUUCUGAAAUGAAUCAGGGAUCGCCAAUGAGUAUUAAUCAGGAUAGCAAUGACAGCUUGGAUCAAUCAGCGACAGGCAUAAUGAGCACUGCUACAUCAAGCCUUUCAUGCUCACCGAUCUCAAAAUUGUGCAUGGCAAGUCAGAAUACGGAAGACGAACUGCAGAAUGAAAUAGAACCACUACCGAAGAAAACCAAGCUGGAAGUGUGGCUGAGAGGUCGUCGAGAAUCGCCGAGUAAUGAAAUGGCUAGUCUGAGAUUAAGUCCUUCAUCUCCUAUGCAAUUAUCACCUACAGUAGAUACUACAGUUUUUACAACUUUGCCUAUUGAAAGGAGAGAAGUCACUCGUUCCUGGCCCACAACCAGUAAACCAAAACCAAACAAUAUACUUAAAUACUUCAUAGCCAAUAAGUGACGGAGCUUUGUGACCUAGUAUUGAAUGUCGCAUUUAUGCAACAUGCAGUAUGCAUUUGAAUCAGCAACAUUAAAUGGCAGCACCAACAUGGCAAUGCAUUAUGGUCUAACGUAGAAUGCGAUUCUUAAUUUUUAAUAUUUUUAGUGUCACAUUCGAGAGCACAAAAUAUUAAAUGAUAAAUAACGCCGAAACUAAACACUCAACUAUAAUAAAUCAAAGUUAUUUGCAGUGUUAUAUACAUGUUUACAAGGAAUAUUGUUUUAUUAUAAAUAGAAGAGAUAAACAAAGAGAUACAGUGUUAAUAAAUGUUAGUUUGAAUGUAUGUUAUGAUGUAAAAUGCAUGUUUUGAAUGGAACGCAUAUUUUCGUCUAACUAUUACGAUUUAGAAAAUAAAUACCUGAAUAUUUUA